CCGCCUCUUAUUGGCUGCGUGCAACAGUCUCUUCCGUUGUUCCCACCCGUCUUUUUCAGAAACCGUUUCGAUUCGAUCACUUUUACUGAACUACAUUUUCAUAAAUAGCUUAUCGGUGUAAAUUCUGUGUUUAGUCCGGUGUUUUAACCUCAGUUUUCUCAAUGGCACAUCUGGAGAAAAGUUCAGUUAACACUGAGAACAGAUGAAGCACACCAGGACUUUGUUGCUAUGGCUAUGGGAGUUGACAGGGCCUUUUUAGACACCUCCUCUCAGAUGGAGCACCGGAAUUAUGGGAGGUGGAAGAGCAGAAUACCAGGGUUCAUUCAGAGUGACCACACGAGAUCUCUCACAAAGGAAACUGGUGACGAAUCAAGGCCAUCACAUGGCCUGAACGCUAAGGAUUUGGACAGAGAGAGGACUGCUAGCAAGAAGACUGUUACCAUGGCACCCACCUCUAGGUAUAUGACAAGCAGGAGGUUGUAUACUGCCAGAAAGCCAUUGAUCACAGCAGAGCGCCACAUUUCAAUCUUGAAGAAUCCUCUCACACAAGAGUGCUCCGAAAUAGCUCACAUGAGCAGUGUGGCAAACCAUCAGAAAGACAUGGAAGCAAUGGUGUCUAAGCAGUUAGACACGUAUACUACAGAAAACAUCAGUAUUCCCCAGGUCAUUGCCUCUUCUCCUUCAGCAUCCAGAGAAGACCUUUAUGCUUCUUUGAGUUUAUCAGACCUCAGGCUUUCUUCUCAUGAGGAGCCUGAUUUCAGCUCUGUGCCUUCAUCUAGCAAAAAUGAAAGACGGAGCUUCUCUAGUCCACCUUUAGAUGACCUUAGCCUUACAGUGCCACUAAGCCCCAAGUGGAGUUCCACCCAACGUACUUUCUCUCAUUCUUACACUUCCCAAACCCGCCCUUCUCGGAAGACAAAAACAAGAGUAUUUGAGCAGGACAAAGAUUCUGUUUUUAAGACUGGCUCUUCACGGAGUUACAACCAGGAAUACUCAUCUAGACUUAAACCCGUGUCCAUGUACCAAGCCAAUUACUGGGCUUGUGCCAUCCCAAGUUCCUUACCACCUUCUCCAGACCGCAGGUCUCCCAGCUGGGAUCCUGACAAGGAAUAUCAGGCCCUCCUGGAUUACACAUACCCUCUAAGGCCUAAUAUGGGCAAUAACUGGAGUUCCAAUGAGAGUAGGUCUCUGUUGCGAACUGAUCCACUUCUAGAAGACUCUGGCAUUGAGCUGGACCGUUUUUGCAGCUCUUCCAGUCUUUCCUAUUUGGAUCAGUCCUUGACUGGAAUAAGGCAUGCUAGAAGUGGCCCAACUUCUGGUCAAAGGUUAUCUGGGCUUCAGAGUCUGAAUCCACGGGAACUGUCACGUUCCAAGUCUUCGGAUGGCAGAUUAUCUAGUAGCCUUUAUUCCUCACUGGACCAGGUGGGUUUAUCAGUGGAAAGUCUAGACGGUGAGGGGAAACAGAACUUUCACUGCAGGAAAUUUGGUGUCUUUUCGACAUCCAGAACUGUACCGUUCAUCAGGUCCACAUGCAUCUUACCCCAGCCUGGGUCGCUUGGUGAGUUGGAUGAGGAGUUCCUCCGGUUGCCUGAACAGCUACAGGAGCUUCAAGAUCUAUCUCACCAGCUGAGGGACAUCACAGCUCAGAUGGCUCAGCCCAUCAACACAAGCUGGGAGUCUCUGGAGAAGGAGAGUGCCUCUGGUGCCUAUUCGGCAGCACAAAUGGAGCAAAAUGCCGCUGAAGUCUCUGCUAUGCAGGAAGAAGCCAAUGAGAUGGAUGAGAUGCAACACAGGUCUUCAGCUGAAGUUCCUCUGCAAAGAGAGAAGUUCUCAGAGCAACUAAAAGGACUUGGUGCUAGAGUGCAGAUAAUCAGCAGUGAGGUGGACAAAGGAAGCUUAAGAGAGGUAGAGGCCAUAAUAGAUCAACUGAGUGGAACAACCUUAUUUGAGUUUCAGAGGAGGACAGGGACUAACCUGGCUGAGGAAGAAACCAAAGAGUCCGUCCUGCAGCACAUACAGGCAUUCUGCUCAAACUUAGAAGAAUUAAUUCAGUGGUUGUACAAGGUGGUAGAGAAGAUGGAGGUCCUUUCCCCUCCUUCAGUGGACAUUGAGAGUGUUAAAGCUUCUCUGGCUCACUAUAAGAGUUUUCAGAAGGAAAUUCAAGCCCACCAGCCUCUUACAGCAUCUGUCCUCCAGACUGGAGAGCUGUUACUGUGCUGUAUGAACUCCGCUUCUCCUUAUCUGAAGGAGACAUUGAAGUUGAUAGAGAGGCAGUCAUGUGUAUUAGAGACUCACUCGGAGCACCUCUUCUCCUCUAUCCUCUCCGCCAUGGACUGCCUUACUGAACCAAUCAGCCAGGACGACACAGAAAGGACAUCCUGAAGGUCUGGUCUCCAGGUGCGAAGAACAGUAUAGUUCAGCAUGCCUGUGUCCUCUAUGAGACUCUCUGUACCUUAGGAGGCACAUGCUACUGCAGGAUUGAAAUGUGCUUUUCCUGGUCCUGAAGAUCUACCACCCUGCGUAGUGUUGCUCCAAACCUAAUCUAACUGAUCCAGAUCAUGAAGGCCUUCAGAGGCAUCUGUACAUUAGACCCAGGUGCAGUAGAUCUGACCUCUCCAGGGUGGUAGAUUGGACCAGGAUUUGGCACUUCUGUGCUACAGUAUUUAGUAUGUCUUCACUGUUGUAUCAAAACUUUGUAUCUCCAAAACAAUAGCUUUUGUAGGAGGACGAAAAAUUUCCUUACAUUUAAUGUAACGAUUUUAUUCCAGGUUAUUUUAGGCCAUUUCUAUUGAUCCAUUUUCAUAAACUUACCAUACAAUACAAAAGGCAGCUGGCAUUUUCAAAUGGUGUAAAAAUUAAAACCAAACAAUGGAGUUCAGGGGUUUUGAUGCAAUAGUGAUAUGCAUAUCAGGCAACCAAACAAUUGAGAAAUAUUUGUUUAGAUCCAGGUAUUGUUUACCAUCCAAUCUGUAUUACAAAAAGUGUUAAGCCUAAUUCCCACUGUAAGAGAACAUUUUUACCACCAUUUGCCAUAAUAACGUUUGUUAUUGUGAUGUUUGUGCUUUACAGUUUUAAGCAUGUUUACUGUACCUACUGCACUCUUUCAUUUUUCACUGUUGGCACCCUUAUGUUGUCUGUCACCACAUUGUUAGAGCACAAAUCUGCAAAAGUAUUUAAAUGUUUUCACAGUUGAAUAUGUAUUACUGUUAUCUUACUAAAAGUCAUAGUAUUUUUAACACUUCCUGUUGCGGUGGACUGAAGCUCUUCUCGGUCUUGGUACAGUUCACGAUCUCAGGUUUUUUACUUCAUUAAGUUUUAAUAAUAGACAGCUCACUGGCCCUCAUUUGCAUUCCUUCAGCUUUAGUUUCUACCCAAGGAGAAAGACCCAGAUAAGCACACAGCAUGCCUUUUCUAGACACUGAUAUCAGAGUCCUGAAAAAUGUUAUGUAUGGCUUUAUGCCUAAUAGACUUAAAGCAUUUAUUACACACUUGAGUGUUUUUAAUAGCUGUCUGAUAUUUUUGGAACAUGGACUGAAGUCAAUUAUGGAUUGUUUCCAUUGUUUAAAAUGCAGUUUUCUAACAGUGACACAAUAAACUUGUUUAAUCAAUUA